UGCAAAUUUGCGCAUGCGCAAUGCCGGUAAAUUCAAAGCUGAAACUGCAAGUACAACGAUGUAAAUAUUAGAGUAACAUUAGAAGACAACGUCAAAAACGGUAUAAACAUGCAGAAUCAAAGAAAGGAUUCUCCGAGUGGCUCCAGUCGACGGAAGAGUCAACCACCAGUGCGAGGUCGGCGCUCACAACAACCCUCCCCUAGAAAGAGACGCUACAGACCUGGACAGAAGGCCCUAAAGGAAAUAAGACAAUUCCAAAGGACAACAAAUCUGUUGCUGAGAAAACUGCCCUUCUCCAGAGUGGUAAGAGAAAUAGCCAUGCAAGUAGUCGGUCCUCACCAAACCAUGAUGUGGAAAGCUACAGCAAUUAUGGCCCUUCAAGAGGCAGCAGAAGCCUAUCUAGUUUUUCUGUUCGAGGAUGCCCUCCUGUGUGCAAUUCAUGCAAAGAGAGUGACUGUGAGUCCGAAAGACAUUUGGUUGGCCCAGCGAUUAAGAGGGGAUAGAUGAUAGGAAAACGAUUUGUUCAAACAAUUUUAAUUAGAUGCAUGAAAUGUUUUUAUAAAUUUUUAUUAAGUUUAUUUUUUAAUGACUAAUUUGCUAAUGUUGUUGAAGUUAAAAUCAUAGAUUUUCAAAUGAUAGAUUAGAUACAGGAAGAGUAUAUUUUAUUUAGAGCUGACGUUUUAUGUUUUACCGGUAAAUAGCAUAAUUCAUAGGGUUAUAUUCAGUUUUGACUAGAUGAGAAUAAAAGAAUUGUAAGAAAGUAUUAUCUGUAUGUACAUGGAAUAAUAACCUUUUUAAUAAGUGAAGAAUUAAAUGACAAAACUCUGAUUUAUAUACAUGUAUGUUUAAGAAGUAAUUUUUCUUUAGAGAAUGUUGAACAGGUAUGUGUAUUCAAAUUUUAGCACAUCAAAUCAUGGAUUUGAGAAGGCAAUCAUGAAUUUUUGUCAUCAUUGUUAACAUUCAUUGUGGUGUACCAUAUAAGGGGUUAAUUUGGAGACAAGUUUACCUAUUUAAUCUUAAAAUUGGGAAUUUAUUUUAGCAUACUCAUUUUUUAGCAAUUUUGAGGAUAUCUUUUAUUCAUAUUCUAUGAAUAUAAAGUGAACUAGUCUAUAUUGGUUUUGUCACUUUAAUUUGAUGUAAACAUCAAGUCCCUUAUAAAAAUUUUACUGAUUAAUACUCGUAUGUCUAACCUGGAAUGUUUUCUUAUCAACCAUUAAUUUGGAACCAGUUGUGAUCGGAUUAGAAAAAUUUUAUUGUAAUAUUCUCCAGUAAUUAUUAGCUUUAUUCCCACAGACUUUGAGGUAUAUAGUUACAUGUAAUUGAAAAGCAUCUUGAGGAAGUUUAGAUUCAAUAGUGUUCAUAUCAUACCCCCAUCCACUUUUAUAUUUAAACUUUUCAAAAAAGAGCUGAUUUAUGCCUAUUCUUAGCCAAAUUGCUCAGUUGAGCAAUGUGGCCCCUAAGCCUCUUGUUUAUUUCUCUAUUCAUCAAUAUACUGGUAGAUUGUAAUUAUCAGUACAUUAUGAAGAAGAAUUAAAAAAUUACAUAUAUAUCAACCUUCAGAACUGAUAUGUGAACAAAUUUGAAUAAUCAGUACCGGUACAUAUGCAUUUUAUGUAUCCUUCCAAGUCAUUCUCAAUUUGAAAUAAA